AUGGAGCGGCUCUGGGAGCUCCUGGCGCGCUCCGUGCGCCUGCUGUCCGCGUGGAUCCAGGCGACCCCCGUACCCGUCCUGCUCGUCUGCUUCCUGGCCCUCGUUGCCUUUGCGCUCUUCAGCAUCUUCAUCUUCCUCCAUCUCGUCGCCCCCAAGCCCCGACCGGCCUUCCCCUCCGAGAAAUCAUACGUCACGUCCAGCCCCUCGGGCACGCCUACCGCGCCCAGGCCGCUGCCGUGCUGGUACGACCGCUGGCUCGCCGAGCGCCGCCUGGACGAGGAGCGUGUCAAGGCCGACGACCAGCUCUUCCUCUUGCCCGAUGCCGGCUCCAUUGAGCCCGCAGAGGUGCACCUGAGCGUCGUCUUCCCCGCCUACAACGAGGAGGAGCGCAUCAUCCCCACGCUCCAAGAGGCUGUCGCCUACCUCGACCAGCACGUCGGCCGUUCCUCGAAAGCCAGAGCUGCGGCCGUCAGCCCUGACGGGCGGCGGCAUGUGCGGGGCCAUUCCUCGGGCUCCGUGACGGCCGCGGGGCACGGCGGCUACGAAAUCCUGAUCGUCAAUGACGGCAGCCACGACAAGACGGUCGACGUGGUGCUCGAUUUUGCCCGCGCGAACGAGCUCCACGACAUCCUCCGCGUCGUGUCCCUGGCCCGCAACAGGGGCAAGGGCGGCGGCGUCACUCACGGACUGCGACACGUGAGGGGCGAGUAUGCGCUCUUUGCCGACGCCGACGGAGCCUCGAGGUUCAGCGACGUGGGCAAGCUCAUGGAGGGCGUCGAGGAGGUGGUGGACGGGUCGCGCCGGGGCGUUGCCAUUGGCAGCCGCGCCCACCUGGUUGGCAGCGAGGCCGUAGUCAAGCGCUCGGCCCUGCGCAACUUCCUCAUGCGCUCGUUCCACCUGGUGCUCACCAUCCUCACGCCGCCGGCCACGUCGCGCAUCCGCGACACGCAGUGCGGCUUCAAGCUCUUCUCGCGCGCGGCGCUGCCCCACAUCGUCCCCUACAUGCACGCCGAGGGCUGGAUCUUCGACAUUGAGAUGCUCAUGCUCGCCGAGUCGGCCCCCGCCGUCCCCGUGGCCGAGGUGCCCAUCGAGUGGCACGAGGUCGGCGGCAGCAAGCUCAACGUCAUUCAGGACAGCGUCAAGAUGGCCGUUGGACUCGCCGUCCUCAGGGCCAGUUGGAUGAUGGGCGUCUACCGCCGGCGGCUGACGUAG